AUGCCGGUGGUGUUCAACGAACCACUGUCCUUCCUCCAGCGCAUGCUGGAGUAUCUGGAGUAUGCCCAUCUGCUGCGCAUGGCGUCGGAGCAAACCGACCCUGUGGCUAGGAUGGAGUAUAUUGCUGCGUUCGCGGUGAGUGCGUUGGCGUCCAACUGGGAGCGUCUGGGCAAGCCGUUCAACCCCCUACUGGGGGAGACGUACGAACUUGAACGUCCAGAGUUCAGGGCGGUUUGUGAACAGGAUAGGACUCCCAAGGUGGCGACGGACGACUUAAUAGUAUCUCACCACCCUCCCGUGUCUGCAUUCCACGCGGACAGCCCGCACUUCGUGUUCCACGGGUCCGUGCACCCCAAGCUGAAGUUCUGCGGCAAGAGCGUUGAGAUACAGCCCAAGGGGCAUGUCACUGUCGAGUUACCGAGAUGGGGUGAGGCCUACACUUGGAGUAACGUGAACUGCUGUGUCCACAACGUGAUCGUGGGCAAGUUGUGGAUCGAGCAGUUCGGAGCCAUGGAGGUUACUUGCCAUGGCGGCGCUGGUCUGAAGGCCAACCUCGUGUUUAAGCCAGCUGGAUUCAAUAACAGGGACCUGCACAGGGUGGACGGAUUCAUUGUUGAUGCUAACAAGAAACGCAUAAAGUUCCUGUACGGUAAAUGGACGGAGUAUAUCAAAUGCUGCAGUGCUGCCGCCUACGAGCAGUGGGCCAAAGAGCGCGGGGAGGAGGCUUCCUCUCAAACUCCCUCACACACGCCUAAGAAGAUGCUGGCCAAGCUCAACAGCUUCAAAGUUGGAGCACUCCGCUCUAUGUCCAUUCAAGACUCAGACGAUGCGGAGAACUCGGAAGAUGUUCCUAAAUCAGACGAUACGAAUAACAUCGACAUUGCUGGCUCCGUCACUCUGUGGGAGGCGAGACCGCGGCCAACUACUAGUGCUCAGUACUACCAAUUCACGGAAUUCGCGAUGUCUCUAAAUGAGCUGGAGAGGGACAUGAAAGGCCAGCUCUGUCCCACCGACAGUCGGCUGAGGCCUGACAUCAGGCUGCUGGAGCAAGGAGACAUCGAUGGAGCCGCCACUGAGAAGACGAGGCUCGAGGAAAAACAAAGGACUGCUAGGAAACUGCUCAAAAAGUCACCUGAAGCUUGGCAGCCUAGGUGGUUUAGCCAAGGCACAAACCCAUACACUAAACAAGAGGACUGGCUGUACAACGGAGGGUAUUGGGACCGCAACUACCAACACCUGAAGGAUGUAGACAUUUUCUAA